AUGUCUUCCAAGCCAGUCAUAGUACUCACGCCGGGAGCAUGGCACUCCCCCGAGUCCUUUGAAGUCUUCCAGACCGAACUCCACCAGAGGGGGUGGGAGACUAGGACCACAACGAACGUUUCCGUCGGCGCCGAGCCUCCCACAAAGGGCAUGUUCGACGACGCGGCUUCCGCUCACGCUGUUAUUGAGGAGCUGGCAGACCAGGGGAGGCAGGUCGUCGUAGUGGCACACUCAUACGGCGGUAUCGUGGGCGCCCAGGCUGUCAAGGGCCUCGGGUACAAGCAGCGUGCCGCGGAGGGCAAGGCCGGUGGCGUCAUCGUAUUCGUGUACGUUGCCGCCUUCGUGGCGCCGACUGGAACCGGUGUAUGGGAUCUGACAAGGAACGAGACUCAGCCAUGGAUGAGAAUCGAGGACGGCAAGAUCUUCGUGAACAACCCCGAGCAAGUCUUCUACCAAGACGUCUCGCCCGAGAUCACCUCAAAGUGCGUCGGCAUGCUCAAGCACCAGACCGUCAAGGCGUUCGAGGAGCGCGUGACCUAUGAGCCGUGGCACGACAUUCCCUGCGCGUACAUCGCAUGCGAGGACGACCACGCGAUCCCGUUCUUCGCGCAGGAGAUGAUGUCGCAGGCGCUGGGUCCGGACGCGCUGAAGGUCACGUUCAAGGAGACGUCGCAUUCGCCGUUCUUGUCGAGGACCGCGGAGACGGCGGAGUUUGUUGAGAGGGCGGCGAGGAAGGGAGUGGAGGCUGUUGCGGCAUGA